UCACAUUCAAAUCUCUUUUAUAUAACUCUUACGGCUCUCGUUCAAGUCCUAUCAAAAGAAGGAAACUGAUAAACAAUGGCUGACGCAACCGAAAAAGCUGAGCACGACCGUGUUUUCAAGAAGUUUGAUGCCAACGGAGAUGGAAAAAUCUCUGCCACCGAGCUUGGAGAUGCUCUCAAGAACCUUGGCUCGGCCACACACGAUGACAUUAAGCGUAUGAUGGCUGAGAUUGAUACGGACGGUGAUGGAUACAUAUCGUACCAAGAGUUUUCUGAUUUCGCAAGUGCCAACCGUGGUCUCAUGAAAGAUGUUGCCAAGAUUUUCUAAGAGGAGUUUCAAAAUCUCUAUAAUUCACAUGAAAAUGAUUUGAGAUCUAAUCAUGUUUAAUUCGUUUUUUUAAUGACAUAUCAUUUGAUUAAGUAUGUAUUUUUGGUUGUAAAAGUAAAAGAAUUAUAGUUAACUCAGUGAUAUCUUAAUAAUACUUUCUCUCUUUUCAAAAUAUAAAUGUUGCU